UGACGCCUGACAUGUGCUGUGGUGGAGUACGUUGGUGUCAGCUGUAAACGUGUUUUCAUAUUUGUUUCGUCGUCUGUUAAUUCAGAUUAUUAGAAGAAGAAUCCGCCAUAUUUUCCGACAGCCAGGAAAAGAACAAUUACUCGAAUUGUUAAUUAAAUACCGACAAUUAAAUAUCAAAUAACAUUUGUCAUCCUGUUUCCCACUGUAUCUGCUUUCUUUAAGUUUAAUUUAGAACCGUGAAGCGUGAACAAUCAUGUGUUACUGGAACUUCAUCUCGGAACAGAAAAUGAAAGUGAACUUCGCUUUAUUUACUUUAAUCUUAUUAAUGUCUGUUGAAAGGACGAAAAAUCAAAGUGUUAAAUUUGAACCUGAAAAUGUCACAACAGUGUUUGUACAGAGAAUUGUGGAAGAUUUUGGUUCAAACGGAACCAUAGGUUUAAUUGAACUGGAUGAUUUUUUGCCUUCAGAAUACAGAGAUUUCAGUAGUUGUCUAAUGAAUGUGACAACCACACAGUCUUUGACAGCGUGUUUGGAAAAAAAGUGUAUCAGCGCGAGAGAUAUAUUCCAGCUGUACUCGUUUGCCCUGUCUCACGAGCUGACGUUUCAAGAUGUACAAGAGUUAUCUCCCGCUCUGUUGUACUCCAUGAUGAAAACUGACUGUGGUCAAACUAAAUCUAACAACACUAGUCAUGAUGAGGGAAGGGUUCGACCACAGCCACUCGCAGUGUGGGGUUUUGGUUUUCUGUUUGUGACGGUGAUCAGCCUGUGUUCCCUGAUUGGGGUGAUCGUCUUGCCGUGUAUGAAGAGAUCCAUCUAUCGUCUCGUCCUUGUCUACAUGGUGGCGCUAGCUGUGGGCAGUCUGGCUGGAAGUGGACUCUUGUUUCUUAUACCAGAGGCAUUUGGUCUGGUUGGUCAGGAUGACCACAUGGGCUACAUUUGGAAGGCUACGGCCAUCAUGGGAGGAAUCUAUCUCUUCUAUCUGACCGAGCGCAUCAUGCGCAUCCUCGUCACUUGGAGAGAGAGCAGCAGUCACACACCUGGAAUUUCUAUGCGUAAAAUGAAGAAAGGUCAUAUACAAGACAACAUGGAUGAUGGUUCUGAUGGGUUGAUGAAUGUUAUUUGCUCGGUGAAGAAGAAAACUCCGGAGGGGGAGAACGCUAAAAUCUACAAGGAACCGAACAGCAUGCCGCGGAACAUCUCAAUGUGCACGGGACAGGAGCUGCUGGAGGAUAACAGUGAUGACUCCAUCGAUGCUAUCGGCAGCAGGAGCAAUCAGAAGAUGUUGGAAGAAGAAAGGACAUCUUGUAAGAAUGAAAAGAACCAGAUGAUGAAUGGGGAAGUGAGGUAUGAGUUGGGUGAGACAAAGAAAACCAUUAAGCCAGUGGCGUGGAUGAUCAUAUUUGGAGACGGUCUGCACAACUUCAUCGAUGGUUUGUCUAUCGGUGCGGCAUUCACGGAGAACAUUCUAACUGGAAUCAGUGUGUCGAUGGCCGUCAUCUGUGAGGAACUGCCUCAUGAACUCGGAGAUUUUGCCAUCCUACUCAACUCUGGAAUGUCUCUGAAGAAGGCGUUGCUAUUCAACUUCCUGUCGGCCUGCAUGUGUUUCCUGGGCCUGGUGUUUGGCAUUCUACUUGGGGACAUGACUGGAGCUCAUCACUAUGUGUUCGGAGUGGCCGGUGGAAUGUUCCUCUACAUAUCACUGGCAGAUAUGAUGCCAGAAAUGAAUGCUGCCGAAACUACGAACGACAAAUCGCUUGGAACAGUGACGAUAUUCAUACUACAGAAUCUUGGACUUCUUUCUGGCUAUGGUAUAAUGCUUGUCAUGGCAGUGUACAGUACUGAGAUAAAGUUUUAAUGAUAUUUUAAGUAUUACAUGGAACUCAACAAUUGUUAAAUCUUUUAGACGGGUAUUGCAUAUUACACACUUGUCUCCAUUGUAGUCUAUUAUAGAAUAUAUAUAGGAUGGUAAAGCCGGGUUCACACUGAAAUGAAUUUUGGUUUAGCCAAUUUUCAGAAUAUUUUCUUGCAAAUGAUUAAAAUGUAGUUACGGCAAAGACUAAAGGUUGUAGCCAAUUCGUAUAAAAAUUACCAUUUGGCUAAUUUGGCAACGUACAGGGUGAGCCCUGGUAAAAUUAUUGGCAAUGAAAUAAUUACUUUGUGUUAAAUUGGCUGUGUAUGUCUCUAAAUUGAUAAAGAAAAAAAUAAUUAGUUGCUGGUUGUUUUCAAAUCUCUGGUUCAUUUGGUCUCCUAGAACACUUUUUUUUUUUUGUAUUUAUUUACAUCCAAAGUAUCUUUUUCGAUUUGUCUUAUUUAAGGUAUAAUUACAUUAUUAUAUAUUUAAGUGUGUGCAUUAAAAACGUUCACCUGUGAUAGGCCCUAGGUUUAGUUUUAUUUAUUGUCUCGUCUUAUUGCGGUAAAAAGGUGAGAAAUACAGGCAUCGAAAUAAGCAAUGUGUUUGAUAACUCGUGUACAGGUUACCACCAAAUACAGAUCUGGCCUGGUGCUUAUAAAACUUUUAGAGUCUAGACUCGAAGACACUAAUGUCAUGACAAUGCCAUACAAGUUGUCUGUGUGUGACGUUACUUGAGAUUGAAUCUGAGUUUUAUAAGCACGGGCCCUGGUAACCUAUACAUUUGUAUUUCCAUUAUUAUUAUUACUACACCCAAAAGCCAAUUUGUAUUUUGUGCUGGGGUGUCGUUCAUUCAUUCAUUCUGUAAAAUCCCUGCACAGACACACUUGAUACUUCGUUACUCAUUCAUAUUACUGUUCUUACUGUACUGAUACUGUAUGUGUAUGUAAAUAACUCAUCACAAUUUAGCUUAGUUGAGUACAUGUGGAAAAUGAAGAACCCUCCUUGACCUGUGGUCACCUCUUGAUAACAUGAAUGACCGUUCUCGACUUAUUUCGAUGUCUGGUAUAGGUAUUACUUUUCCAAAGGUGGAAGCAAUGGUGACGGCUUCAACUUUUGUAUUAAAGUUUCAUGUUUAGAUCCCUUUCUCACAAACUGUAAGUCCUAGAUUAGUGAAACUUGGUUUAUAGUUCCACCUAUGAAUGUUCAUCAUAGAGCACCAAAAAUGUGUAUUUUAAACACAUUUAUUUCACUUAAUUUUAAAUUUAAUUUUUAUUUUUUAAAUCUAUUUAGCUUGAGCAACUGCUGUAAUCUGCUUUAUUUUCAACAGUUAUACCACUGUUCUUGCCAUUUUAAAUUUGCCAUCAUUCUGAAAAUUGGUAAUUCAGCUGCACUUUUCAAAAACAUAUCAAAAUGGUGGCCAAUGACGACUGAAAGGAUCAGCUUAAGCCACAGGCUGGUUAGAAUCAGAGAUGAUCAAUAACUCUCUGAUGGGCGUAGAUCUGUAAUGACACAUUAUCGCUGUCUAUCAAGUAAACUGCCUAAAACCGCUUACAAAAAUACGUCUUUAAGAUUCUCCUAAAGGUGGUAAUAACCAUUAAUGCAAGGACACAGAAGGAAAUUGUGAUGGUCACUGUUUUUAUAUGUAGUCUAGAAAUCCUGAAAAAGUGUUUAUAUAUAGUUUGCAUGAUGACAAUAAUGUUUAUUAUGAUGAGGUAAAAUAUGUUAAUAUAUCAAGAUAUAUAGAACUUGAGGAGAUUAAAGAAACGCAUGUAGUUAACCAAACAGGGUAAUGAACUCAACUUGGUUUACAAAAUUGGAGUUAUUUCCCAUUAAUGGCUAAUUAUUUAUUUACAAGAGUUAUUUCCUCUUAACCAUAAAAUGUUUGUGUAAAUUUCUUAAUUUAUUUUAAAAGAUACAAUGAAAUGGGUUAGUUUGUUAGUAUAAUGUUCAAUCAAAAUUCUUAUAUUUAAUGUUUUGAAAGUUGAUUAAUAUGUACAAGGUAUAGAAACGUACGUUAGAUACUAGUCAAAUUCUACAGCAUAUUUUUAAUACAUAUGAGAUGUAUAUUUUUUAGAAUUUGAUUUAUAUAAAAUAUUGUUUUGUUUUGUGUUAUUUUAUUAACUGUUCUGUUUGAAGCAACAUUUUGUCACUAGACUACAUGUUGAUUUAGCUGUUCUGUUUGAAGCAACAUUUUGUCACUAGACUACAUGUUGAUUUAGCUGUUCUGUUUGAAGCAACAUUUUGUCACUAGACUACAUGUUGAUUUAGCUGUUCUGUUUGAAGUGGCAUUUUGUCACUAGACUACAUUUUAUUUGACUCUUGUCUCAGCCUUUAAACUUACAAAUGACCUGGAAUUAUUAUUUACUUUUUAUUUAUUAUAUUUUAAGCACAAUCAUUAUGUUGCCUAUUAUAUUGUGAACUGAGUACAUGAAUUGUUUUAAAUGUUUGAAUCAUAAUAAUGUGAAUCAUAAUACGUGAAUUAAGAAUGACAUGAGUUCCAGCGUGAUUUGUGGAACUGGGAAUUCAGAAUGUGAACUAAAAUGUAAAAAAUAACAAUGGUGCUGGAUAAUCCAAACACAUGUAUUGUUUCAGCUGUUACAAAUGACAAUAUUUAAUAUAACAUAUAUCACAACUACAUGAUGCAGGGUUAGAAAAAUCCACUAGCCCUCAGUCCCAGCUGGUGAAUUUUUGGUCUGCACUAGUGGAAAUUAUCAACUAUAUUACUAUAAUACAUAGGGUACAAGCCAAAGCUUUUGUGAUGGCUAGUGACUUCCUCAAACAUUUGUUGAUCCCCGUCGGUGGGCCCAUUGGGCUAUUUCUCGUUCCAGCCAGUGCACCAUGACUAGUAUAUCAAAGGCCGUGGUAUGUGCUACCCUGUCUGUGAGAUGGUGCAUAUAAAAGAUCUCUU